AUGAAGCCUGCCAAAAGUGGCGCAGGAGUGAAAACAAACAGGACAUAUUAUUCAAUGGAAUCUAUGCAAUUCAAAGUACCAUAUAUAAAGGCAUUAGGUGCACCUUCAGGAAAUCUACCAAAUCAACCAGAACAAAAAGAAGAUAAGGAAUCUGAAGAAAAUGAUUCGACCGCCAACGAAGAAAACGUUUUGGAACCACAAUGUUCAUUUCAACAAUCGCCAACCCCAUCUCUACCAUAUCUUCACCGUUACCGUCUCCUACACCACUACCCACAACUGAAAUGUCUCAAAACAAGAAGAAGACUACUCACAGUCAGCCUGAGCCUUUUCUAUAAAAUCUACCAAACCGAAAACGGAGCUUUAAGAACCCAGUUGAUAAAGCAUUCCUCGAAUACUUCGAAACCAAAAAAUCCAGAGCGCUAA